AUAAUAUAAAUGGGUUGUGUUUGCAAUAGUAAUUCUUUAAAGACAUCAGUUUAAAGCACUUAAUUAUCAAUAAAGUUAGCUGAAUAAUAUAAGAGUAAAGAAUUUUUUGUAUACGUUAAAGAUAACAAGAAUAUAAGGACAUAAGAUAGUUUAGAGGACGUCUCCUAAUCUCUUUGUAAUAUUGGAUAAGAAAUUACAAGUUUGGGUUAAUUAAGACCUGAAGUUGAGGAAAAGAUAAAGGAAUUGGGAACAUUUAAGGCCAUAGAAGAGAUAGAGAGUAAUUCAUCUAGCUAUUAAUAUCUUUUAUGCUAAGAUGGUUCUAUUUUUUAUGGUUCAGUGUUAAAUGGGAUUAGAAAUGGCAUGGGAAAAUAACAUUGGUUGAGUGAUGGAAAUUAUUUAGAAAGGUAAAAUAUAGUUAUAUUAUGUUAGUAUAUGGAUAAAUGAUAAGGCUAAUGGUCCAGCAAGGAUGAUUUACUCAAAUGGAGAUGUGUAAUUUACUCAGUUAUAUUUAGUUUUGAAGGUCAUCUAAUUGAGAAUAAAGCUAAUGGAUUUGGAGUAUUUAAAAACAAAAAAAAAGAAGUUAGAGGUAAUUUUAAUUGUUAUUCAGGGUAUUGGGUUGAUAAUAGACUAUAAGGUAAUGGGAUAGAAAUGAGAAAAAAUGGAAUCCAAUAUGAAGGUUAAUUUAAAGGUGGAAUAAUUGAAGGACGAGGUUAGUUUACAUUUCCAGAUGGUAGAAAGUAAAUAUAUAAAAUCAUUUUAGAUAUUAUGGAGAAGUAUAAUAAGGUCUGAUUCAUGGAUAAGGUUUGAUGACAUGGCCUGAUUUUAGUUAUUUUAAAGGGGAAUUUAAAUACAAUCAUUUGAAAGGUUACGGAUGUUAUACUGAUGUAGAUUCUCAGACUUACUUUGGAUAGGUAUACAUUCAUAUUCUAAAUUUAGUUUUUUUCUGUUUACCAUCAAGAUGUCAAAUAGUUGGAAAUAUUUUAUAGCAAAGAUUCAAAUAUACAAGAAUGCAACAAACUCAAAAAAUUUAAGAAAUAAUAUGGUGAUGCCCAACAAUGAAUAAAUGAACCUCUUUAUUUUAUGUUGAUUUUAAUCAAAUAAUUUACUAGUAAAUUAUUAAUGGUGAC